AUGCAUACAUCACAAGAUUCACCGCAAGUGAACGGCUCGACCGGUUAUGGCCAGAAUGUCGUGGAUGGACUGAAGAAAGAGGCGAAGCUGGAACGAUCAUCGGUCCAAAAAUUAUCGAAAGAGCAAGAUCAUGUCUUGAAAACCUUCAGGCUGCUCAUUGCGGAUCUGUGCCAGCAAUUUAAUGGCGGGCAUCCUGGAGGUGCCAUCGGUAUGGCGGCAAUUGGUGUUGCGCUAUGGAAGUAUAUCAUGCGAUACGCACCGCAUACGCCUACAUACUUCAACCGAGAUCGAUUCGUCCUGUCAAACGGCCACACAUGUCUUUUCCAAUACACCUUUCUCCACCUCACAGGCUACAAAGCCAUGACUUUCGAUCAGCUGAAGUCAUACCACUCAGAUCGCGUCGACGCCUUGUGUCCAGGACAUCCCGAGAUCGAACAUGAAGGCAUUGAGGUGACGACUGGCCCGUUAGGACAGGGUGUGGCUAAUGCAGUGGGCCUGGCAAUGGCGACGAAGAACCUGCAGGCGAUUUACAACAAGCCAGACAUCGACGUGGUGUCGAACCACACAUGGUGUAUGAUCGGAGACGCGUGUCUGCAGGAAGGUGUUGCAUUAGAAGCAAUCUCUUUUGCUGGCCAUCUGAAGCUGAACAACCUCACGAUCAUCUACGACAAUAACCAGGUCACCUGCGACGGUUCUGUCGAUCUGACCAACACCGAGGAUGUCAACACUAAGAUGGCAGCAUGCGGUUGGGAUAUCAUCGAUAUUGAGGAUGGGUGUUUUGACAUUGAGGGUCUUGUCGAGGCCCUGAACAAGGCACGAGCAUCUAUCGAGAAGCCUACGUUUAUCAAUGUCCGAACAGUGAUCGGUCUUGGCAGUGCCGUCGCAGGCGACGCAGUUGCCCACGGGGCGGCUUUCGGUGCAGCUGAUGUGGCCAACAUGAAGAAAGCUUACGGCUUCAAUCCCGAGGAACAUUUUGUUGUUAGCGAGGAGGUGCGCAAGUUUUUCAAAGACAUUCCUGCAAGAGGCGAGGAGCUCGUGAAAUCGUGGGGAAAGAAAGUAGAGGAAUACCAGAGCAAGUACCCGGAGGAGGGAGCGGACUUCAAACGCCGAGUAGAAGGUCGCCUGACAGAGAACUGGAAGGACUUGGUCCCAAGCUCGUUUCCCGAUGCGCCCACAGCAACGAGGAAGUCGUCAGGCCUAGUCUUCAACUCAAUCGCCGAAAAGAUCAACAAUUUCAUGGUUGGUACCGCUGACCUAACGCCCUCAGUCAACAUGAUCUGGAAGGGCAAGGUCGAUUUUCAAAAUCCCGACCUAAAGACCACAUGCGGAAUCGUCGGCAACUACAGUGGACGGUAUAUCCAUUAUGGUGUCCGAGAACAUGCCAUGUGUGCCAUCUCCAACGGUUUGGCAGCGUUUGCACCAAACACAUUUAUUCCCGUCACAUCUUCCUUCUUCAUGUUCUACCUCUAUGCAGCACCAGCUGUUCGGAUGGGUGCGCUGCAACACCUUCAGGUCAUACAUGCGGCCACACAUGACAGCAUUGGAAUGGGCGAAGAUGGCCCCACCCAUCAGCCGAUCGAACUCGCAAACCUCUACCGCGCCAUGCCUAAUCUAUUGUACAUUCGCCCAGCCGAUAGCGAAGAGACGGCGGGCGCCUGGAUUACAGCGAUCGAAGCGAAGAAUACACCGACCAUCAUCUCAACGUCGCGGCAUACUCUGCCUCAGUUUGCGCAAACGAAGCGGGACUCAGUCGCGAAGGGUGCAUAUGUGAUCGAGGAGGUCGAGGAUGCGGAUGUGACACUCAUCGGCGUUGGUGCAGAGCUGCAUCAUGCGGUCGAUACGGCGAAGGAGCUAAAGGCGAAGAACAUUAAGGCACGCGUCGUGAGCUUCCCAUGUCAGCGCCUGUUCGAUGCUCAACCCACACAAUACAAGCGUGAGACGCUGCGAAGACAUCGCGGUAUACCGGCUGUCGUUAUUGAGCCGUAUGCGCCCAAUGGAUGGGAGAGGUAUGCUGAUGCGGCCUGUUGCAUAAAGCGCUUUGGCCACAGUCUGCCAGGCAAAGCAGCCUACAAAUACUUUGGCUUUGAUGUUCCUGCACUGACGGCGAAGGUGGAAGGCUACCUGCAGCAGAUGCGUGACGAUCCACUGCUGAAGGGAGAGUUCGUCGAUUUAUGA